AUGCAAGGAAACGCCGUCAUAGCAGUCAUCAUCGGCGGCCUCACGGCAAUGGGCUUGCUCUUAUGGGGUCUAAGCUCCUGGUGGUUGUCACUUCAGAGAAAGUGGGCGGAAGAUUUGAAAGCCAGGCAAGAUCGCCAGGCCACGACCGAAAGAGCGGGUACAGCAAUUGCAGCACGCAGUCCACCUCCACCUAGGAAUCCAGCAGCGCCUAGAGUACACUUCGCAUCGCCGGUGGCCUGGACGGCCGGACGUCCUCAAACGCCUAGCCCUGGGAGUACAGAUACGAGCGAUUUGACGCAAACGAGUUGA